UUUUGCAGCAUGAUCCCCGGGUUUUGCUGGGGGGACUUCGCGUCUCCCAAGGGUCCCCUAUGCUUUGCACUGAUUCCUGAGCUGCUGCUGUCAGGGGAAUGUACAAAAGUAGCAGGGAAUCCUGUGGAGAAGGAAAAUUUCUCCCCAUGACAGUUCAAGCUCAGGAAGAGAAUAUAGCUACCUAGGCAGAUGUGGAAUAAAGCCCCAGCCCCCAGCUGGAAGCUGGGGAAAACAGUAGAAACAAGGCCAUAUCUACAGGGUUCCAAACUAAUUGACAUGACAAAAACGAGCGAGGAGUGAAGGCAGGUACUGCCACUUUGCUGAAGAAUGGCAAGGCCGACAAAUGGAGUCGCCGCAUGUCGGAGCCUAUCGUGGAAGGAACAAUAGACAGAAGAAUAAGAAGAGAAAAGAACCUGUUUUUACUCAUUAUUGUGAUACAUGUGACCGUGGCUUUAAAAACAAGGAAAAAUAUGAGGAACAUCUGGCUCAGCACAAGCAGUGUCCAGAAGAUGGCUGUAAUUUUCGUGCCCAUGAAAAAUUGGUGCAGAUCCACUGGAAGAAUAUGCACUCUGCUGGUGCCAAACGCAUCAAAUUGGACACACCAGAGGAAAUAGCCAAGUGGAGAGAAGAACGAAGAAAGAAUUUUCCUACGUUGGCCAAUGUUGAGAAGAAGAAAGCACAGGAAAAGGAACGGGAGGAGCGGGGAGAGGUGCUGAGAACCCUGCAGUUUGGCAAGAUGCGGGGCACAUGGAAGCCGCCUCCAUGCGAGAUGUCCAGGCAGCGAGGGAAAGGCAGAGGAAGGACCCGCUGCUGGAACAAAUCGAGGAGGGGGCCUGAGGCUGGUAAGGAGCCCCCCCAGCACACUUUGGCCACGGCUGCUGCGAGUGGGCCAGGCAGCCACGUCGCCGAGAUGGUGAGCCUUGAGCCUGCUGAAAAGGCCCCUGCCCCUGCGGGAGACAUGGACCCCCUGAGCAUCCUGGCCAGCAGUGGUCCUGAUUCGGACAAGGAGGCGGGUGCUGCAAAGGAGGCGGCUCUAGGAACAAGCGUUGUCCCGAAGCAGGUGACCUCGGCCCUGAGCUCGCUGGUGGCCAGCUAUGGCAGCAUGUCCGAAAGUGAGAGCGGCCCAGACGAGCCCAUCGGAACUGCAGCACAAGCUCUUGUUGAAAACCAGGCGAUUCUUCGAAGUGCCCAUUCAAAUAUCCCUCAGGCGCUUAAAGAGACAGGCCACAAGGAAGGCGCACGUGCUUCAGAGAGGCCUGGGCCCAGCACGGCCCGCAGCACAGGUCAGAAGAGGCAGAAGACGGCUUCGUCGUUCCCGAAGCACCGUCCAACUCUGCUGGAGAUGCUAUUAGCAAAGGACAUACGGCAUGAAAGGAAUGUGAUUCUGCAGUGCAUUCGCUAUAUCCUCCAAAACAGUAUCUUCGGACUCCAUUCAGAGACUGGUUCAACAGCAAAGUGGGAGAGCGGACAGAGUGUUCAAGGCAUGGAAGAACAUUCUGCAGAUGGACAUGUGGACUCCAGCAGCUCUGGCCAUCCAGUAGCCAAGCCACAUGCAUUUCUGAUGAGCCAAGGUGAGGAGGCAGCUGCAUCUCAGGUAUCCACAAUUUCCCAUGCUGUAGAUGAGGAAGUUUGGGAAGCCACAGAAAUUCCGUGUAAAGAAAACUGACUUUUGCUGUUGUGAAUAAGCAGAGGAUUCCAUGAGCCAUUUUGAGGGUUCUUUUGAAAGUAUUCAGAUUGUCCGUCCAUUCAAAAGGAUUUAGGUAAACAAAAACAGCCCUUUGAAUGGAAACUUAAACCCAUUUUGAUAACUAUAUUGAUCUUGCUGUAUUUUUUCUUGAGGCUUCUAUUUUGAAAUAGGAAUUGCAUUAAAACUUCUUUACUUAUCUUA